AUGGGUCAGAAACUUUCUAAAGAGGCAGUUUUUAUUCAAGACCUAAAAAAUAGUCUUAGGGAAAGAGGUAUAAGAGUUAAAAAGAAAGAUCUUUUGAAAUUUUUCCUGUAUAUUGAUGGGGCAUGUCCCUGGUUUAUAAUUGAUGGUCCUACCAUCCAUCCAAAAAAGUGGCAAAAAGUGGGACGAGAACUUAAUGAUAAAUUGAUCAGAGAAGGACCUGAGAGUGUCCCAGCCACUGUUUUUUCCUAUUGGGGACUUAUCAGAGAUAUUCUAGAGGCAGAUGAUGAUGAUCCUCAAAAAAGGCGUCUCCUUUCUGUUGCCGAGUUUUGUCUCCGGCCGCUUUCACCACCGGCCCCCAAGGCCCCCUCCAGAGCCUCGUCAGUUGCUAUUGAUAUGCCUUCAGAGGUUGCUUCAGAGGUUACUUCCUCAAAACAUUUGCCUCAACAAAUGUAUCCAUCUCUUAUUGCUCUUAGAGAAGAGCCUCUGGACCCAGGAGAUGCUGCCACCCUGGAGGAAGAGGCUGCCAGAUAUCAUGACCCAGAUUGGUCCUCACCCCCUCCCUACCCUUUGCCACCAACCCUCACAGGCCCAGCGCUUCUUCCUUCUUUACGAGCGCCCCUGUGCAAAGCCAAGGCUGACCUUACAGCCAAAGUUGGAGAGCUAACAGAAGUCCUUAACCUGCAAAAACAAUGUCUUGAUCUUUCUAAACAGUUUGACAGUCUGCAGAUUUCCCUUAAAAAUACCUUUUUUCCCCAGACCUCAGAGAGUAAAAUAACAAAAAGCCGCCAGAGGCCCACCAAUAAAUCAGGGCCGAAAGUAUUUCCUGUUCUCACCCGAGCUCGUGCAGCAGCACUUGAGCAGAGGCCAGAGCCCUCAGCCCCUGAUACUACUGAAGCCCUUUCCGAUCUUGAAUAUGAUCCAGAUACUGAUAAUCAGCCAUCUAGUGAUAGUGAGGGUGAGGGAACUGACCAAAGAAAUUAUAAAACUCUUCAGCCUGCAUUUAAGUCACUUAAAUUUAAACAUAUUAAAGAUCUCCAUAAUGCCAUUAAAAAUUAUGGUGCAAAUGCUCCCUUUACGCUGUCUCUUCUUGAGAGCUUGUCAGGCAAUGGAUAUCUUUUACCAGGAGAGUGGAUUAAAGUAAUAAAAACAGUUGUUGACCGACCUCAAUUUUUAAUUUGGAAGGCAGAGUUUUUAGAUCGGGCACAAAAUAUUGCCAGCCGCAACCAGAAAAAUCCCUUAGCCCCCACAGCUUCCUGGUCAGCUGAUAAGAUCUGCGGGCAGGGCAAGUAUUCUUCUGAAGAAAAACAAAAGGGCUUAUCGCCUGGUAUUUUAGCUCAGACUGCUGAGGCCGCUUUAGGUGCUUGGAGAGUGAUGCCUCCCAAAGGAUCUGCUUUCUCUCCGCUUAGCAAAAUUACACAAGGCCACCAAGAACCCUUCGCACAGUUUGUUGCGAGGAUUCAAGAAACUGUAGAGAGAAUGUUUGGGCCUGAAGAGACAGAGGGAAAGAUGGUUAAACAACUUAUAUUAGAAAAUGCAAACCCCGCCUGUCGUGCUGCCCUACGUGGUAAAAAUAAUUUAGAAGUUAGUCAAAUGAUUCGUCUUUGUGCAGAUAUAGAUCCCUUUGGACAUCAAGUGGGACAGGCCAUUACUAUGGCCAUGGGGGCAAUGAUGGAUAAGGCAGCUACUAUGGCUAUAGGAGCAGUGAUGAAUAAGACAUCUGAUAAAUCCUGCUUCCGCUGUGGCCAAACGGGCCACUUUGCCCGCCAAUGCCCUACUAAUGUUGCUGCCCCUGCCCCCCUUGGCUCAGAGGCGAAUAAACAACACUCUAUGCCCUUAGGGCUCUGCCCUCGGUGUAAACGUGGCCGACACUGGGCUAAACAUUGCCGUUCUAAAACAGAUGUUUUGGGAAAUCCUCUCCCACCGAUUUCGGGAAACGGAGGGCGGGGCCAGCCCCGGGCCCCUCAGCCAGUCUCCCUCCUGCCAGCCUCGGGGAACAGCCAGGCAGGGCCACAACAAACCCUUCAGCAGCAACUCCCAAACCAGCCUCAACCCUCCGUAGGGCUACCCCAGGGAGUCCAGGAUUGGACCUCAGUGCCUCCUCCGAUACAAUAUUAG